CUUCCAGUCAAUCGAAAAUGCGAAUGCGGGAUAAAUGUGCUCAAUCCAAUUUUGCUCAGUUUUUGUCUUCGUAAGCGGAUAGCCGGUUCGGUUAACCUAUUAAGAAAUUUGGGGGUCUAUAAUUGAAAAUAUAGGCAAGCUUAGCAGACUGACUGUUAUAUAGGCAGUAGGACUAAACUUCUUUCCAAAAAAAAAAAAAAAAAUUCUUUCUUGAGGGUGGUGUUCUGACGUACACCUUGUUGGUUACCUGUUUCCAACAAAAAAUAAAAUGUUGUAGUAGAGUUGACUAUGAACUAGAUCAGUAAGCUCCAAAGUCAAAUUAGAGAGUCUUUCGUGGUUUGUUUUGCCUUUUGUGGAUAAGGUGUUACUUUGAGUUAAGUAAGAUAGUUCUUGAUAAGAAUAUUCUCUUGGGAGGAGGUUUCCUUUUAUGCAUCCCCCCACAGUUUUGCAGCAAACUUUCUCCUGAAACUGUGGUGUACGAGGAAAGCAAAAUAUCGCAUCAUAUACAGGACUCGAUCACAUCAUUUUGACAUUUUCAUGGUGGUAUGUGUGGUGGUGCGCACGGUCUACAAGAAAAAAAAAUUGUGUUUGUGAAUAAGCCCCAGUUGUGUGUGUCAUUUAUCGCCACAACAAAGAUCACAAACGUGUUUAGAAACUUCUGAUCGAUAGGAAUCAAACUUUACACGUUUUUUUUUGUCCUGCAGGAAGCAUAGAUCAAAUUAGAAAGUCUGUGAUAAUUAUCAUCUACUUCAAUAUCUACAAUAUUGUACUACAACAGACAUCAUAAUGAUUCAUUCAUUCUAUCUUUUUGAUAGACACUGCAAUUGCAUAUACACAAGGGAGUGGAACCAUCGGGAUGACGGCUCUGUAAACAAGAGCAACGAUUCAGAUGCUGCCAAACUUCUCUUUGGGUUGGUUUAUUCGCUCAAAAAUAUCUCAACAAAACUUGGAUCAAGUGAAACAGCCCCUAAUCUUCUUAAAUCCUUCGCCACUAUGAAGUACAGAAUUCAUUUAUAUGAAACUGCUUCGGGACUCAGAUUCUGUUUGAUUAGUGAUGUAGGACUUGAUAACUUACAGCCAGUGUUACAUCACUUAUAUACAGAUAUAUAUAUUCGUACAGUGGUACAAAAUUGUCUUUCACCUGUUGAUUUUCAAGUUGGUGAAAAGUUGAGUAAUAGUAAUUUUAUUAUUGAACUUGAUUCUUUUAUUCAGUCAUUAUCAGUAUUUGCAUGAUCUAUGCUAUCUCUCGAAACUCCCGCACGUACAAGGUGCGGGUCAUACAUGAUUUAAUCCCGCAUUCAUUCACAGGACACAAUCUAUCAUUUGAAAUUCUUAAUUGUGAAACCUUUACAUAGUGAGGGAUUUAUCAAUAGUUAUGAGUGGUACCAUGUAAAAAAGGGCAUUUACAAAGUUUCCAUUUUUAUCCUGGUGAUAAACAUUAUUUCGGAAGAUUUCAUGCAUAAAGAUGUCAAGGGUCCUGCGCCCACCAUUAACCCUAGGAUUAAGUCAUAUUUAGUUAUUGGUUUUUUAUCUAUAUAUAUAUAGAGUCUUUCUAGGUUGUAAUAUAAACCCGUCUAAGCCUUUUCUAUGUAAU